UGCGCUUUCAUGCAGAUCCCGCCAUUUUGUGAAACAGUGGGUUGGAGAGAUUAAGCGGUGAGCUGGAUAUUGCAAGACGCGUAUGUUCUAAAGUCGUUUCUGUGCCGUUUGUCUUGAGUCGGUCGAAUUUGAUUAGAAACCAGAAAAAAAAGAGAGAAAAAGUCGCUCUAGGGAGGUAAGUUGGUGAAAAUGGAAGGCGAUAUGGCAGAAGCCAUUGUUGAAGACUCUGAGACAUUCAUGAAAAGAAAGGAAACAAAGACUUAUCAGAGGCGGCGAGAUGGUGUUGCUGAUGAUGAUGGGUGUGUUCUAGUGCAUAGCCAGGCAGAUGGAAGUGAAGUACCCCAUGAUGUUAAUAGCAAUGUUCAAAUGGUUAUGAUGGAGCAUCUUGAUCCUGCAAUUCUUCAAAUGAAAACAGAAGUAAUGGAAGGUGUAGUGUCUCAGGAAGGGGAAGCUAUUGUAGAUGAUACACAAAUUAUAACUUUGCAAGUUGUAAAUAUGGAGGAACAACCAAUAAAUCUAGGAGAACUUCAGCUUGUGCAGGUACCUGUUCCCGUUGCUGCCACAUCUGUUGGGGAACUUCAUGCAGCUUAUGAAAAUGAGAUGGCUAAAGAAGGCCUUCCAGAAGGAGAACCUAUGAUCUGUCACACGUUGCCUCUUCCAGAGGGUUUCCAAGUUGUUAAGGUUGGGGCAAAUGGUGAGGUGGAAACUCUUGAACAGGCUGAGCUUCAGCCACAAGAAGAAUCUACCUGGCAGAAGGAUCCAGAUUAUGCACCACCUGUCAAAAAGAUCAAGAAAACAAAGAAAAGUAAACUUCGAUAUACAGAAGAAGGAAAGGAUGUUGAUGUGUCUGUUUAUGAUUUUGAAGAAGAACAACAGGAGGGUUUGCUCUCAGAUGUAAAUGCUGAAAAAGUGGUUGGCAACAUGAAACCUCCGAAACCAACAAAAAUUAAAAAGAAAGGUGUAAAGAAAACCUUCCAGUGUGAGCUGUGUAGCUAUACUUGCCCCAGACGGUCAAAUCUUGAUCGCCACAUGAAGAGUCACACCGAUGAACGACCUCAUAAGUGCCACCUGUGUGGAAGAGCUUUCAGGACUGUUACUUUGCUUAGAAACCACCUGAAUACUCACACAGGUACCAGGCCCCAUAAAUGCCCAGACUGUGAUAUGGCCUUUGUAACCAGUGGUGAAUUAGUCAGACAUCGCCGUUAUAAACAUACACACGAGAAGCCAUUUAAGUGUUCCAUGUGUGAUUAUGCCAGUGUUGAGGUAAGCAAGCUGAAAAGACAUAUCCGUUCACACACUGGGGAGCGUCCUUUUCAAUGCAGCCUGUGCAGCUAUGCUAGCAGGGACACCUACAAACUGAAGAGGCACAUGAGAACUCAUUCUGGUGAGAAGCCAUAUGAAUGCUACAUUUGUCAUGCUCGGUUUACGCAGAGUGGAACAAUGAAAAUGCAUAUAUUGCAGAAACAUACUGAGAAUGUAGCCAAAUUUCACUGUCCUCAUUGUGAUACAGUUAUUGCAAGAAAAAGUGAUUUAGGGGUUCACUUAAGAAAACAGCAUUCUUUUAUUGAGCAAGGCAAGAAGUGUCGCUACUGUGAUACAGUCUUUCAUGAGAGAUAUGCCCUGAUUCAACACCAGAAGUCUCACAAAAAUGAAAAGCGAUUCAAAUGCGACCAGUGUGAAUAUGCUUGCAGACAGGAGCGUCAUAUGAUCAUGCAUAAACGAACACACACUGGAGAGAAACCUUAUGCUUGUAGUCAUUGCGAUAAAACCUUCCGCCAGAAACAGCUCCUGGACAUGCACUUCAAAAGAUAUCAUGACCCCAGCUUUGUUCCUGCUGCGUUUGUUUGUUCCAAGUGUGGUAAAACAUUUACACGUAGGAAUACAAUGUCGAGACAUUCAGAUAAUUGCACUGGUCCUGAUGGUACUGAAGGUGAAAAUGGAGGAGAUGGGGAGGCAAUGCACAAGAAAGGCAAACGUGGGCGAAAAAGGAAAAUGCGUUCCAAGAAGGAAGGUUCAACUGAUAGUGACGACAAUGCUGAACCAGAUCUUGAUGACGAGGAUGAAGAUGAUGAGGAAGAGGAUGAGCUUCCAGUUGAGAUAGAAGGUGAACACGAGCAUAAUGCAGAACAGUCUCUUACUCCAAUGCCUCCACCUGCAAAAAAACGUAGAGGAAGACCACCUGGAAAAGCUAACCAACACAAACACACUGCAACCGUAAUUGAAGUGGAGGAUCAAUCAACAGGGGACAUUGAAAACAUCAUAGUUCAAGUGAAGAAGGAGACCGAUAUGGAGGCAGUUGGUGUGAUAGCGGGUCCUCCACCUCCUCCCACAGUGGAAGCUCCAAACGGCGACCUUACUCCAGAGAUGAUUUUGAGCAUGAUGGAUCGGUGAUAAUGGAUGGUUUCACAGCUUUUUCUGAUUUUAGCUGAUCAUGGCUGUGUUUAAAGUCUCAUCUAUUUUAUGGGGAUUAUUUUUCUGUUUUGGUUGCUUCAUUUUAAUUUUUAAAUAUCUGUUUUACCAUGCCUAUAGAGUGGUGGCUGGGGCAAAUUCCUUGAGUGACCAAAAAUGGAAAUCAUGGACAUAUUGGGGGUUGUUGGUAGCUUAGUGAUGUUUCAAGGGACUCUUCACUGUUGCCUGUUACAGCUCAGGUGACAAGUAAAGUCCCCCCACCUUUCAAAGGAUGCACAUUUUAGCCAAUCUUUUCUAUUUUAAAUGGUAAUAGGCAUAUGUAAUAUGUAUGCGCUUUAGAGAAGAAAUGACAAUUAAGUUAUAUGUUGCCUACUACUUUGUUUAAAUUGUAAAACUGUCAUUUUAUUAGAAAACCUUGAUUUCUACUAAAAACAUGCCCUUUUCAAGAUUCACUGGUCCUCUACAAAAAAUGUUAGGCAAGGGACUGUUUGUGUGCAUAUAUGUUCAUAAAUGUAUACACACAUACCUAUACCUUUUUUCAGAGACACGCUGUUUAAAAGUUUAUUUUGUCUUGUUGUGCAAGAUCUGACUAUGUAAAUAACUUAAAAAAAAAAAAAUGAACUUUUUUCUAUCAAACUGUAUAAUUGUGGAAAUAAGUAGUGGGCAAGGUUAUUUUAAAUGGGGAAUUUAACUAAUAUGAGUGAAUGCAUAUGUUAGGAACACAUUAAGGUUUUUAUCACCACAUUUUGAAAUCAUUAGCUUUCUUUCAUACUUAUGUAUAAGUUGCAAAGUGUUCAAGUUCAACUUGACCAUAGGUACAAUGAUGUGAUCUAAUUUUUUUUUCUUUUUUUAUGCACAUGAUUUGUGCUGCCAAUGACAAUGUAUAUAUUCUAUCAUAAUGGCUACUUUUUUUUUU